UGGUGAUUAAAAUUUAGACAAAAGACAGAGAAACAAUAGGGAGACUAAUAAAAUAAAAGCAUAAAACCGCAUUUAAUGUCUUUAUUUUUUAAAGAGAUAUCAUAGAUGCCAACCAACAUGGCUGCCACUACCACCACCACAACCACCGCUACCACCGCCGCAGUCAUCACCACCUCCCACCAACUAAACCCAUAAUUAACUGCAAAAAAAGUAAGAUUUUUUAAAUUAUAUUUUUCUUUAAAGAAAGGGUAAAAAGACCCCAAGAAAAAUAUAGGAUUUUUUUUGUUGUUGUUGGGUUCUUUAAAGAACUUGACUUGACUGGACUGACCCUUCAUUUCCUUUGAUUUUAUUUUCUGGGUAUUUAUUUUUAUCUUCAAAAGUUCUAGCUUUUGGUGAUAUUGCAGCAAAACAAAAAAAGAAAAAAAGAAGAAGAAAAAUCCUUUUUUUUUAGUCCACAAAAAGAAUUUUUUUUUUUUUGUUCUUGGUAAAUGUGGGGAGGUCCUGCAGAACCUGCUGAUUCUUAUUAUGCAGUCAGACCUGAAUGCACUGAUGUUCCUAGAACCAGAUUUAAGAUCAAGCCGGGUAAAACUCUAAGUGCAAGAAAAUGGCAAGCUGCAUUUUCUCUCGAUGGGCAUUUGGAUAUUGGAAAAACUCUACAUCGAAUCCAACGUGGGGGGAUUCAUCCAUCAAUUAGAGGAGAAGUUUGGGAGUUUCUACUUGCCUGUUACGAUCCCGAGAGCACAUUUGAUGAAAGGGAUCAAAUAAGGCAACAUAGAAGGGUGCAAUAUGCUAGAUGGAAAAAUGAAUGUCGUGAAAUCUUCCCCGUUAUUGGAAGUGGCAGAUAUAUUACAGCACCUGUUAUUACUGAAGAUGGUCAGCCGAUUCAAGACCCUUUUGUACUUUCAGAGAUAAAUCCAGGUAUGAAUGGUAAUAAUACAGAAAUGAUGAAGGAGCUAACCCCUCGUGGUCCUUUGGAUAAGAAAGCAAUCCAGUGGUUGCUUACGUUACAUCAAAUAGGUCUUGAUGUCAUGCGCACCGACAGGACUUUAGUAUUCUAUGAGAAACAAGAUAAUUUGUCGAAACUUUGGGAUAUUCUCUCUGUUUAUGCCUGGAUAGAUACGGAUGUUGGCUAUGGACAAGGAAUGAGUGAUCUUUGCUCUCCCAUGAUUAUUCUUCUCGAAGAUGAAGCCGAUGCAUUUUGGUGCUUUGAGCGUCUUAUGCGUAGAUUGCGAGGAAAUUUCAGAUGCACUGGGAAUUCUGUUGGGGUAGAGAAACAACUUAGUUAUUUGGCCGCAGUAACUCAAGUCAUUGAUCCGAAACUUCAUCACCAUUUUGAGACACUGGGUGGAGGUGACUAUCUCUUUGCUUUCCGGAUGCUAAUGGUUUUGUUUCGUCGAGAGUUCUCGUUUUGUGAUUCAUUGUAUUUAUGGGAGAUGAUGUGGGCUCUCGAAUAUGAUCCGGACUUGUUCUCUCUGUAUGAAGAACCUGGAUCAAAUAUUACGAAGGCUGUUGGUUCUAAUAAAGGGAAACCAAAAUCGGGACGUCCAUGUGGGAAGUACGAGAGAGAAAAUAUGAAAAUUAAAAGCUCCGAUGCCUCCCUCCCGAUUUCUGUUUUCCUUGUUGCAAGUGUCUUAAAAGAUAAGAGCUCGAAGCUACUACAUGAAGCUCGGGGCCUCGAUGAUGUAGUUAAGAUUCUAAAUGACAUGACUGGUAAUUUGGAUGCCAAGAAAGCCUGCACUGGGGCAAUGAAACUUCAUAAGAAAUAUUUAAAAAAGGCAAAGAAGACGUAAUAUUUGGUAAAACAGAUGAAAUUUUCCAGAACUCAAGUCAAGAAAUAAUUAUUAUUUUUAUUUUUUUGGUUUAUUUUCCGUGUUGUCGCAUGCCAAUUUCUGUAUACGAAUCCAUUUUGUUGUAUUUAAUGUAUUUGUUUGCUCAUUAAAAUCUCAGUGAAAUACAGAAGAAAACAGUUGCUUAUGUAUAAAUUCUUCAUACCCUUUUUCAUGAGAAA